UUUACUAUUCUUUCUAUCUUCUUCAUCAUCUUUGAAUUAAUAAUCUGAUUCUUCUUCUGUAUUUCUUUCUUGAUCCAAAAUAUAAUGGCAGAAAACAGGACUACAGGUGGUUCAAAUGAUCACUCAAACAGAGACCUUGUUGUAUGCUUUGGCGAAAUGUUGAUCGACUUUGUGUCGUCUGUUAGCGGAGUCUCACUUGCCGAAGCAACCGCCUUCGAGAAAGCACCCGGUGGUGCUCCGGCUAAUGUUGCUGUCGGUAUUUCAAGAUUGGGCGGUUCUUCAGCAUUUAUAGGAAAAGUGGGAGACGACCCGUUCGGGUACAUGUUGGCUGACAUUUUGAAGAAAAACAAAGUCAACAAUUCCGGGAUGCGAUUUGACCACAAAGCUAGAACCACGUUAGCUUUCGUUAGCCUAAGAUCCGACGGGGAGAGGGAGUUUUUGUUCUUUAGAAAUCCUAGUGCGGAUAUGCUCUUCCGAGAAUCAGAACUCGAUGUGAAUCUUAUCAAACAGGCAAAAAUAUUCCACUUUGGUUCGAUUAGUUUGAUACACGAACCGUGUAAAUCAACCCAUCUAGCCGCAAUGGAUAUAGCCAAGAAAUCAGGUAGCAUCCUUUCUUACGAUGUGAAUUUGAGAUUGCCAUUAUGGCCAUCAUCGGAUGUUGCUCGUGAGGGUAUAAUGAGUGUGUGGGACCAAGCGGAUGUUAUUAAGGUAAGUGAGGAUGAAAUUACGUUUUUGACCGGAGGUGACGAUGCUUAUGAUGAUGACGUGGUGUUGAAGAAGCUUUUUCAUCCGAAUCUUAAACUUUUUCUUGUUAGUGAAGGAGGGAAAGGUUGUAGAUAUUACACUAAGCGGUUUAAGGGUAGAGUUGAUGGUGUAAAAGUGAAGCCUGUCGAUACUACGGGUGCUGGAGAUGCUUUUGUUAGCGGGAUUUUGAGCUUUUUAGCUUCCGAUACAAGUCUACUUGAGGAUGAAAAACGAUUGCGUGAAGCGCUUGUGUUUGCAAACGGAUGUGGAGCGCUUGUUGUGACAAAGAAAGGAGCGAUACCGGCUAUGCCAACGAAAGAAGAAGUUCACCAAAUAUUGCAACAAGAAGGCUUAGGACCCAAUUAAUCUUCCUUGAUCAAAAUAUACAAGUAAUGUGGCUAUGAAAUGUUUCAAGUUAAUCCGAAUGUUGUUAUGUACUUGUGUAACUUAUUUGUAGGUUGUAGCCAUGUGUUAGAUAUGAAAUGAUAUUGUUGGUGCUUAUAUAUAUGUCUAUUAUAAAAUACAAUAACAAUAAGAUAUAUAGUUUAUAAUUA